AUGCUCAUGCCCCUGGGUGGGCUGCUGUGGUGCUGCUGCUGUGGCUGCUACUGCUGUGGAUUGUGCACCCCAGCUCCCCAGAUGUUGCGCCACCAGGGUCUCCUCAAGUGCCGCUGCCGAAUGCUCUUCAAUGACCUGAAGGUUUUCUUACUGAGGCGCCCCCCUCCAGCGCCCCUGCCCAUGCACGGUGACCCCCAGCUCCCUGGUGUGGCGGCCAACAACAACACCCUGCCGGCUCUGGGUGCCGGGGGGUGGGCAGGCUGGAGGGGCCCUCGAGAAGCCGUGGGAAGGGAGACCCCUCCUCUGCCACCUCCACCACCUUUGCCUCCUGUGGAAGAUGACUGGGAUGGCCCAGCCACAGGGCCACCUGCCUCCCUGCUCAGCAGUGCUUCCUCUGAUGAAUUCUGUAAGGAGAAAGCUGAGGACAGCUACUCUCUAGGAAGUAGCUUGGACAGUGGUAUGAGGACUCCCCUCUGCCGCAUCUGUUUCCAGGGACCAGAACAGGGAGAGCUGCUGAGCCCUUGCCGCUGUGACGGGUCUGUUAAAUGUACUCACCAGCCGUGUCUCAUCAAGUGGAUCAGCGAAAGGGGCUGCUGGAGCUGUGAGCUGUGUUACUACAAAUACCACGUCAUCGCCAUAAGCACAAAGAAUCCUCUGCAGUGGCAGGCCAUAUCCCUGACAGUCAUCGAGAAGGUUCAGAUUGCAGCCGCCAUCUUGGGUUCUCUCUUCCUCAUCGCCAGUAUCUCUUGGCUCAUCUGGUCAACCUUCAGUCCCUCAGCAAAAUGGCAACGCCAAGACCUCCUCUUCCAGAUUUGCUACGGGAUGUACGGCUUCAUGGAUGUGGUGUGCAUAGGUCUCAUCAUCCACGAAGGACCCUCAGUAUAUCGCAUCUUUAAGCGCUGGCAGGCUGUCAACCAGCAGUGGAAAGUGCUGAACUAUGACAAGACAAAGGACUUAGAGGAUCAAAAAUCAGGAGGCAGGACAAACCUACGGACUUCCUCAUCAACCCAAGCCAAUAUCCCCUCCACGGAAGAGGAGGCAGCCAGCCCCCCUGCCCGUGAGGAGGGUCCCACCAGGGCCGCCAGCCAUCCCCCGGGCCCUGUGUCCCAACACCACUGUGCUUACACCAUUCUGCACAUCCUGAGUCACUUGAGACCUCAUGAACCGCGGAGCGCGCAGGGCAGCAGCCGAGAACUCGUCAUGAGAGUCACCACGGUGUGAAAGGAGACCUGGGAGGAAGGCUGAGACCGCACACACCACACCGCAGGAAAGAGGCUGGGCCAGGAGAAGCCCAGGGAGCAGGGAUGGGAGGCAGAAAUCCAGCAGUGGGUGGUGGGCCUCGAGGGAACUGGAGCAGAGGGGAGCAAAGGGGUGACUGCCGGCUGGAGCCUGUUGGUUUCACAGCAAGGGAAAACCAACGCAAACUCCACAACAGUGGGUGGGACAAACAGAACCUGCCCCAAGGAAACACUCCUCCCGGGAGAGUGACAAGUAGCAAGGCAGCCAGGAAAGGUUGGGCAGAAAAUGGUGGCCGGGACCUGAGGUACCUGCUGUACCUGUGGGAGAAAGGGCAACAAAGAGAAAAGGCAAAGGCCACCCAGGGAAGGGCUUUUGUAAUCCACACCUCUCUGUCAGCCUUGGGUUUGCUUCUCCCUGGGUGAUGCUUCCCAGCACUGGGUGCCCCAAGGGAGAAAGUGGGACCUUGUGAGCUUGUCCCCCUACCCUGCUUGGUGGGGGCCUCUGCACUCUGCAAAGUUCCAAUGACUCAAAUGGCUUUGUGGACCCCCAAAAGACGGUUCAGGAAGGGAGCUAUUGAAAUGCCUGGCCAGAGAGAAGGGGCUGCCUCCCUCAGAGAGAACUUUCCCAGCUGUCACUACAAGUGUCCUGUGAGCUCAAAGGCAGCUGAGGUUUAGAGAUGGGUAUCUUCUGUUCCCUGUUUGUUUUAUGGUGAUUUGGUUCAAAGAUGUUUACAGGAUGGAGGACUCACACACAUACACACAUGCGUGCAUAUGUGUGUGUGUGUGUGUGUUCAUAAGGAAGUAUGGACUUCUCAUGAGUAUCUGAAGCACACAUCUGCUGCUGUGGAUUAACCUUCAAAUGUCAGGCCAGGGAUAAUUUGUCCCAUUACUGAGCCCUACCCACAACCAGGAUAAUGUAGUACCAUGUCCUUUUGACCUUGGCAUUUAUAACUGCAGACACACACGUGCACAUACAGACAUACACACACACAU